AUGUUAACGAAAGGAAAACCAGCUAUAAGUACCAUCUUUCCAUCCUGUGAAGAUAAAGCUAGGGAUUUAGAGCCAAUCGUUUUUCACGUUCCUACUACAUACAACGACAAAGUGAAAAUUCAUGAAUGGCAAAUGCGUACAUUAGCGGAGCCCAGAGACAAUAAAAAUAUAUUUCCACCGAAAGGGAAUCUCAGUCUGUCGUCGUAUAAUAGACUGGGCUCGGAAGAUGCUUGCACGGGAGUCACAGAAACGCAAGCCAUGCUAUCCCAGAUAGAAAUGAAGCAUUUGUACGAACCAGUUUACCCGCAACGUACCUUGCUCAAUAUUAAAUCUCUUGCAUCGAAAGUGUCAGUGGAUAGAACAGUGCCAACCCUAAUUGAUGCGUUGUAUGACCCCGAAGAGGCUCGUUGUAUGGAUUAUAGAACGACGAUGGAACUCCAUUACAGACUGCCUCAUCCCUUAAAACGAAGACCUCCGCCACCCCCACCACCACCUGAACCUUGGCUCCUAAAUCGACGAACUAUAGGUUAUACUCUCGAGCAGUUGGAAAAUCGAGAUAGCACGCAUACUUUUCUAGACGACAACAUGGAGCUUCACGAAAAAAUAGCUGACAUAAAGUCCAGACGUUACAAAUCGAACGAGAUUCUUCAAGAAACACCCCAAUUUAAGGGCUCUUCCGCCAUUGAAGAGAAAUUAGACGCAACUUGUAAUUGCUAA